AUGAAGGUGACUUCAAAAGCCGCCGCAGGACUUUUGGGCCUCCUGUGCUCUCAAGCAGUGGAGGUCCACGCCCACAUGUCGGCAGCUCACCUUCUAGUCAACGGUAGCGAUCUCGGGCAGUUUACUUAUGUCCUAAAAACUACUCCCGCAGUUCCUCCUUCUUACUAUUCUCUUCCAGAGACUAGCCUGGUAGGGCAUACGAUCCCCCAGUACGAUAAUGAAGGCAUCAUUACGACAAAUGCUACAUGUGGGAUCAGUCCAUGGCACUCCAUGAACACGACUAAGAUUGCGGAUGUCGUCGCUGGAAGCGAAGUUGGGUUCCGAGUGCUCAACGAUACUGAAGUGGGUUUCAGUGGGCAGUUUGCCGCGUUUUACCACCCCGGACCAGCCUCAGUCUGGCUAUCUAAGGCCCCGAACAACAAUGUCAAAGCCUACCGAGGGGAGGGAGAUUGGUUCAAGAUCGCCUAUGCCGGGCCGUUGAACGAUACAACGUGGUCCAAUUAUCAGCAGAGACUCAACCCGUAUGAUUAUUCGACCUGGCAAGACACUCUCAAUUUCACAAUCCCUAAAAGAACACCCCCGGGAGAGUAUUUGAUGCGUUUCGAGUACCUUUACCCCAACAGCCAUAUCGGUUACAGUCAAUGGAAUAUUAAUUGCGCGCUGGUAAAUAUUAUGGGCCCUGGGGGAUCGGAGCCGCCUGCGUCCGCUUUGGCAAAGUUCCCGGGCACGUAUAAUCGCGAAGACGCUAGUAAGUUGACAUAG